GAGGCUUUGGGGUGGACUUCUCCCUGGCUACAGAUGACUUCAAAUCAGGGAUUGACCUGGUCAGUCAGAAAAUCCUCUCCCAUGGAGUGACUUCCUUCUGUCCCACCCUGGUGACCUCUCCUCCAUCUGUGUACCACCAAGUUCUCCCUCAGAUCAGUAUCCAAGAUGGUGGAGCCCACGGAGCAGGUAUCCUGGGGGCCCAUCUGGAAGGACCGUUCAUCAGCAAGGAGAAGAAAGGGGCGCACCCGGAGCACUGCCUCCGUACCUUUGAGGAAGGUGCCUUCCAGGACCUUCUUGCCACCUACGGCUCCCUGGACUGUGUCCGGAUUGUCACCCUGGCCCCGGAGAUGAAGAGGAGCAGUGAGGUGAUCCGGGAGCUCACCAAGCGGGGCAUCUGUGUGUCGCUCGGUCACUCGGUGGCUAAUCUCUCCCAGGCCGAGGAGGCCGUGCAGCACGGCGCUACCUUCAUCACUCACCUCUUCAAUGCCAUGUUGCCGUUCCACCAUCGCGACCCCGGCAUUGUGGGGCUGCUGACAAGCGACAAGAUUCCCGCUGGGCGGAGGGUCUUCUACGGCAUGAUCUCCGACGGCAUCCACACCAACCCUGCCGCCCUGCGCAUCGCCCACCGAGCCCACCCCAAAGGCCUAGUGCUGGUGACAGAUGCGAUCGCUGGCAUGGGACUGGCUCCAGGUCGGCACACGCUGGGUCAGCAGGUGGUGGAGAUCGAUGGGCUGAACACCUACAUUGCAGGCACGAAGACCCUGAGCGGUAGCGUGGCAACCAUGGACACGUGUGUGCGACACUUCCAAGAAGCCACAGGGUGCUCGGUAGAGACUGCGUUGGAGGCAGCGUCUCUGCAUCCCGCCCAGCUCCUGGGCAUUGAACACAAAAAGGGGACACUAAAUUAUGACUCUGAUGCAGAUUUCCUGCUGCUGAAUGACAGUCUGUACGUGCAAGCCACAUACAUCGCCGGCGAGGAAGUCUGGAGGCAGGAAACGUUAGGGAUGUGA